AUGACAACUCUUAGCAAUUCUACUGUCAAUUAUGAUAUGUUUAUUCUUAUUGGUAUCCCUGGCCUGAAGGAGCUACACAUGUGGAUCUCCAUUCCGUUUUUUCUGAUGUACCUGGUGGCUGUGUCAGGAAAUGGCAUGCUGAUCUGUGUAGUGGCAGUGGAGCGCAGUCUUCAUGAACCUAUGUAUCUUUUCCUCUCCAUGCUGGCCUUUUGGGAUCUGAUACUCUCUACAUCCACAGUUCCCAAAGCCCUAAGCAUCUUCUGGUUUAAUGAUGUUGACAUUUCCUUUGGAGGUUGUGUUACCCAACUCUUCUUUAUGCAUUUUGCAUUUGUGGUUGAAUCAGGCAUUCUCUUGGCCAUGGCUUUUGACAGGUAUGUGGCCAUUUGCUAUCCAUUGCGGUAUACCACCAUUCUUAGUCAUGGUGUCAUUGGCAAAAUCGGAGCUAUUGUUGUGUUCAGAAGUUUUGCCACUGUCUUCCCCAUUGUUUUUCUUGUAAAACGUCUACCCUUCUGCCGAACAAACAUUAUUGCCCAUACUUUCUGUGAACAUAUGGGAUUGGCAAAAUUGGCUUGUGCUGAUAUCACCAUCAAUAUUUGGUAUGGAAUCUCUGUGCCUUUACUUAGUGUUAUGCUAGAUAUGGUGACAAUAGUCAUCUCCUAUGGACUCAUUUUGAGAGCAGUCUUCAAACUGCCAUCCCGUGAUGCGAGGAUGAAAGCACUCAGCACCUGUGGCUCCCAUGUCUGUGUUAUCCUCAUGUUCUAUCUUCCUGGGAUUUUCACUGUUAUUGCUCAACGCUUUGGCCGAAAAAUACCCAAACAUGUCCAUAUCCUGCUAGCCAACCUUUAUGUUCUUAUUCCCCCCAUGAUGAACCCAAUUAUCUAUGGAGUGAAGACCAAACAGAUUCGUGAACGUGUGACUCUCGUGUUUUCUUCAAAAGGGCAAUGUUGCUGA